CGAAGAGAUAUCGCGAAUAGCAUAAGAAUAAAUGCGAGGAAAACUCAUGGCAGCGCGACCAGCCCCUUGGAAGAGACAUAGAGAGAAACAGUGAAGAGGAAUCGUUGAACAUGCCAAGGAUGAAAGAAAGACAAGGAGGGAGACGGCCAAGACGCACCUAGCUGUGGAGGUUGAAACGAUCCUCAGCUUGGCAACGGUGUCGAGAGCAAUAGUUGGUGCUGGCGCGGAUUAUACUCAUACGCAGUGCUAGCCGAGCGAAAGGCUUGGCAUGAAGUACGAUGUGGCCUCCGUUGCAGGGGCUAAGUCAUUACAAACCACAAUUACCAGUCAGUGCUUUAGUUUCUUACCAGCUGUGUUGCAAAGAGGUGGUGUAGCCUCGUGGAUCGUCGGUUGAACACCGCGCUAAAAAAGGUUUCGAACAAAGUUAGUUUUUUUUUGUUCGUUCUCGCGGAUCUUCUUAGGCGGGUUCGUCGCUUAUAGAAGAAGUCUUUCACUUGGUUGACGACUCGAUCAUUGCUGUGUUGAGGCAAGAGUGAAAUAUAAAAAAAAGAAUCGGAACUUCACAAAUCGAGUUCACAAACGACUGAUUGUGAAACUAUACAGUGCCUGUGCGAACUGCGCCGCGAUUCCAGUGCUUUUCGAUUGCCAGCACACGCUACACGCUAGUAACCAAAAGUGGCUGAUGCGUGGUGCGGUAAUAGCAGAAGAGCUUACCCCGAAUGGAAUCUGGAAAGGUACACGACAUAACGUAUGCGAUGAACGAGUGAGAAUUUACCAACAUACAUAAUGCAGGUUGAAUGAAAAGGAAAGAGAAUUGGUAAAGCAGUCUCGCAAGUGCAGGGGACAAGUACCGUCUAGAUACAAUUUACAGAGCUCGUCAGAGGCAGGCAUUAGGACAACCAAGGGUAAAAAAUAAACCGCUGGAGACUUACCUUUGACUGAGAUUGGUUGUUGAGUUGCAGUGUGGUAUUGGUUGUCAGUGUUUCUAUGUGCAUAGAGUCUAAGUGUAGUUUGUGUGCUUUGUGUAGUCCGACGGUGCAUUUGCAAGCAUAAGAGCACUGUGGAAAAAUGUUACACCGUAUCGUUACUUGAAAUUUUCGCUCCCAUUUUACAUACGAUUCAAUAUUAGCAAUCUAUUCAGUAGUUUUGCGAUCGUAUGCGUUUGAUUUUAGAUGCACUAGCUUGCACUACAAGAAAUGUAUAGCUGGAGAUAAGAAAAUAAAAAAAGUGAGUGCAGUGUAGUCUUCUGUAGGAAACUAGUUUUCCUCUACUAUUGAUUGUUGUAUUAGUGACGAAAAAAAGGAAAUGCAUGCACCAGGAGCUGUGUACAUCGUUUAGAGACUACUACGACUAGUGUGACUUUGAAAACCGGUUCAAGAAAGUUCACUCAAAGUGCAAUUCUACAGUUAAAAAUACGCCCAAGAAAACUCUUAAAAUGUUGUCAACGAAAGGGAAGCCGUUCUCGUUUGAUCGAACCGAUCCCAAUCCGUCCAGGAGUAAGCCAUCGUUAUGGAACACGAUUCUGGAUGUCAUAGUGUUUCUACUUACAUCCUUGGGAUAUAUUUUACAGGCUAUUUACUACAAAAUUUUUGGGGUGCCGAAAAAGAAUCUGAAUGGUGAAAUAGCACUUGUGACGGGGGGUGGAGGAGGACUUGGACGAUUGCUGGCUCUACGAUUGAUAAAGCUCGGUGCGAAGGUGGUACUGUGGGACAUCAAUCAAGAAGGACUCGACGAAUCUGUGAAGCUUAUUCAGUCACUUGGAGGACUCUGCCGAGGAUACAAGGUGGACAUAUCAAAUAAGGAAGAGGUCUAUAAAUAUGCCAAAAUUUUAAUGGAAGAUGUUGGUGAUGUUACAUUACUUUUCAACAAUGCUGGAGUAGUAUCAGGACGAGCUCUACUAGAUACUCCAGAUCAUCUUAUAGAACGUUCCUUCAACGUGAAUAUUAUCGCUCACUUCUGGACGACCAAGGCUUUCCUGCCAGCAAUGCUGAAACACGACCACGGACACAUAGUGACAAUCGCUUCUCUGGCUGGUCAUGUCGGUAUUUCGAAGUUGGUGGAUUAUUGUUCCAGUAAGUUUGCUGCGGUCGGGUUCGAUGAAGCUUUGCGAUUGGAACUUGAACACAUUGGAGCGCAGGGCGUGUUUACGACCGUAAUUUGCCCAUAUUUCAUUCAGUCAACAGGGAUGUUUGAUGAUGUGAAUUCAAGGUGGGUCCCAACAUUAGAUUCAAAUGAUGUGGCCGACAAAAUAAUCGAAGGCGUACAGAGAAAUGACAAAUAUGUAAUUAUCCCCGGGUACUUACGACUAAUGUUAGCAAUAAAAUGGGUAUUUCCUUGGGGCUGUAAUUCAGGAUUUUUACGACGAUUGGUUCCGGAUGCUGCUCCGCAACAUUCCAUGAAUCCUGUGAGCAGCACGGAUUGUGAUAACCUUACCGACACGGAUGGUCCCCCCUCUACUGAUAAUAAUAAUACGACGAAAGCUUCUCCUUUGGUGGUUCAUCGUUCAUUGUGCACCGGAGAGCGUGUAUUGUAGUGUUUUCUGACAUUGUUGCACAUGUAGAGAACCUUUCAAUACUCUUCCUUAUGUGACGGCUACUUGCAAAACACAAUUUUAACAAUUAAAUAAGGAGCAUUAGCGGUACAAUGUCUUGUGUGGAGGUGAACAUUAAUUGUUGGUGUUGAUUUAAACCAUCGUUAAUACUUCAGUGUCAUCAAUUGUGAUUGAAUAGAUAGCUUACGCUGGAAGUGGCGCUACAAACCCAAAUCUAUUUGCCAGUGUUCUCAAGGGACCAGACCUGUGAAGGGAUGCAAUAAAUGGUACAUAAAAAAUGAACUUGAAUUUCGUUGGUGUUACACCAAACAAAUAAAUAACGGGUUCUAAAUUUCUGUUUUUAGUUAGCUGA